AUGCAGCGAUCAGGCCCAACACCCGCGACCGCAAAUGCACCCUUCUUCUCAUCCUCCUUCUUCUCCUCUUCCUCCUCCAAGUCUCGCCCUGGCACAUCAUCAGGCGACCAGCAACAGCAACAACAGCAACCACAGCAGUCCCAGUCGCAACCACCACCGCAACCCUCGCCCUUCUUCCCGCCGCCCCUCCAACAGCCAUCCGGCACCAACCUGCUGUUGAAGGAUCGCAAGAACUCCUUCGGCCGAAAGACCUCCUUCAGUUCCCCCUCAAAGUCCUCCAAGCGUCGCGCCAACAGCUCCAGUUCCGGUGGAGGAGGCAAUGUCGUAGUCACCGACCGCAACAUCCCCCCUGCACUCCCCGACUUCGCCCUCGCCGCCGCCGCAAAGAUUACCCGCGACACAGACAACAUCCAGAGUCCUGCCUCCGCCGACAGCUUCUCCAGGAUGCUCAGCCGUACACAGACCGGCUCAGUGAGCCUCGCGCCCAGCGAUCGCCUGCAGCCACCGCCGACGUCCGCGACGCACCCAAACUUGUGGCAGUCAAGCGAGUCCGUUGUGUUACACAUGCAGAUGCAGGAGAUGGCAAACAAGAGGAUAUCGACGUUGGAUUAUCUGCGGAAAGCUCACGAAGGCCGAGUAUACUGGUUCAACACGAUCCUCUUCGACAAGCCCGACGUGGCUCGCAUGCCAUCCUUCGAAUCGCGGAAACUCGCUCGUCGCGCAACAAACUACCUCUUGCUCGGUCUCUCUCUCCCCACCAUUGUCGAUCUCUACGCCAAUACCCCCAUCGAAUUUCUCCGCAGCCUCAACAACCUCCUCCAAGAGUUUGAAUCCUUCCAGCAGCUACACAGCGAAGGUGGUGGCUCCACGAGCUCGCUCUCGCGCGCGCGGUUGCCGUCCAUGUUCCGACGUCAGGGCGGAAAGUCGCGGCGCAGCGCGAGCGGCGCCAACGAUAUCGGGUACCCUUUCGACUCGGACUCGGCGGGUGGCGGCAGUUAUGGCGGUCUCGGGGGCUCGUCGAGCGCGAGCGCUAGCGUCAUGUCGUUCGCGUCCAGCGACAACGACUUGCUUCCGGGAGAGGUGUACACUCACCUGCUGACGCCAUCGCUGCCGUUCGAGCCGGACUUUUACGAGACCUUCGCGACGCUGUGCGAGGUGCUCAUCGACGUCUACACGAAGGUGCUGAGCUUGGUCCCUACGCCGAGGGAAACGACGGCGCCGGUGGCAGAACUAUUUGCCAAAGCGGACGCCAAGGUACGCAAGAUCAUCGUGCAAGGCGUCGUCAAGGAGUUUGAGGACAGCAGCAGAACGCACAUCAGGACCGAGGUGGCCAAUAUCGGUAAGGUCGUGCUCGGGGGCUUAAUGUGA